AUGAAGGAAAGCAACAGCAUAAUCACACUCGACACGGAUAAAUUCGAACCAAGAGACAGUCCAAAACCUAGAAUAUUAAAUCAUUCUCAUUCUCAUCAUGACGUCAUCAAUUCAUCAUCAUCGUAUUUGUCGGGAAAAGAAACGAAUUCGGAUAAGGUACAACCCGCGACGAGAUCGGCAUGGAAAAACGCGAUACUUCGAAAAGCAUCCAUUCGUACGAAACGUGCGCCAUUGGCCGAUUUCGAAGACAUAACUCCUUCGUUACGGUCAUCAUGGUCUAGCAUGUAUUUCAAUCAGACUCAAAGCGAAUCCGAAAGCGACGGAUUAUCUUAUUAUUCUGACACGGCACACAUGUUGUAA